AUUUGAGAGACAUUUACUAAAACCAAGAAUGUCAUUAAUAACGAGGAAACAGCAAGAGAUCAUAGAUGAGGCGAUUUCCAGCUAUAUCAAGAACUAUGAUAAGGUGGCACAACAAUACUCGAAAUUAAGACAAGAAAUUUAUGAGACAUCUAAUGCUAUACUUGAACUGGUUGAAAAAGAGGAAAAAGUUUCAGAAACAGAUAAAAUCAGGCUAGAAAAGCUUACAUAUGAAUAUAAUAAGGUCGCUGAGAUAUACAGUUUGCACAUCAACCGUUUGGGUCAUAAUAUAGAGAUUAAUAGAAGCAUCAAACCGCAAUACCUUGGAGAUCUCGAGUCUCAGUAUGAUAAAUUGAGUGAGAGAAAGGGUCAAUUGAAAUCAAGCAUAUCAGAUUUCAAGGAUAAUAAGAAACCAUUGAUUGAUGAUAUGAAUGCGUUAUUGACGAAUUUCCAAACUGAAGUGGUCAGCAAACGUGCCAGAGCAAAAAUUAUUAAUAAGGCAAACGAUCAGGAAUAUAGUAAUACCAGUAGAAGGAUAAAUCCAGAAUCUUCAGUGUUCACUCAUCAAGAAUUAAAAGAUCUUUUCACCGAUAUAGACUCUAAAUUGAGACAAUUGAAGACUGUUGAUGAAGUUGGUGAAGAAGGUACUACCACAGCAAAUCAUUCGAUAAAUAUAAUUAAUUACUUAGAUGAGCAUAUCAAGAACGAAAGAGCUUAUAUAAGACUUGACUCUGACAAGAUUUUAUACGAUAUAUCGAAGGCCAGACCCAUUGAUGCUGGUAAUUCUUCUACGGUUGUUGAUGAGUAUGAUAAGUCAAUUGAAAAUUUAACCAUAAAUAUAAAGGAUUUGAUUGAGCAUGGUGCAGAAGCUAAAGAAAGAUGGAGUUUGAACGCUAAGAAAAUUGAAUUAAUGAAACAAGUACUACAAAGUUUUGAUGAUUCCAUGGAAAUCGACAAUUAG